AUGAAGUCUGUUAGUCUUAAAAGUGCUACUGGGCUUUUUACUGUUUUCAGGAAGCUGCGCUGCACCCGGAACCACAUCCACGCGAAUCUCUUCGCCUCCUUCGGGCUCCGGGCCGUUUCGGUGAUCGUGAAGGAUUCCUUGCUGGAGAAGAUGUGGGGGAAGGAGGUCUUUCAGAUGUCGGACUGGGAGGCCUUGCUGAGUCACGAAGCUGCGAUUGGCUGCCGAGUGGCGCAGGUGGUGAUGCAGUACUGCAUUCUGGCCAAUCACUAUUGGUUUCUGGUGGAGGCGGUCUACCUGUACAAGCUUCUGAUUGGCGCUGUCUUUUCGGAGAAGAAUUACUACACCCUCUACCUGUACCUCGGCUGGGGGACCCCCGUGGCCUUUGUGGUUCCGUGGAUGGCUGCCAAGUACUUGAAGGAGAAUACAGAGUGCUGGGCCCUGAACGAGAACAUGGCUUAUUGGUGGAUUAUUCGGAUCCCCAUCCUGCUAGCAUCGGUGAUCAACCUACUGAUCUUCAUGCAGAUCCUCAAGGUGAUCUUGGCCAAGCUGCGAGCCAACCAGAAGGGCUACGCCGACUAUAAGUUGCGGCUAGCCAAAGCGACCCUCACCCUCAUCCCUCUCUUUGGGAUCCACGAGGUGGUCUUCAUUUUUGCCACAGACGAACAGACCACGGGUGUCCUGCGCUACGUCAAAGUGUUCUUCACGCUAUUCCUCAACUCCUUCCAGGGGUUCCUGGUUGCUGUACUCUACUGCUUUGCAAACAAAGAGGUGAAAUCUGAAAUGAAAAAGAGGUGGCACCUCUGGAAACUGGAUCACACCGCGUUCUGCUGCACCCAGUGA